GUGGUUGGUCGCUGGGCGGCAGCGCAGUUCUAGAAGAGGCUUAGUCAGAAGAUUAGUCAGUGGCUUCUGAGGUAAGGCCUCGACAAAAGGGGGCUAACGCCGAAAAGUAAGGUUUCGAUGGUACUCACGUGAUAUAAAAGAUUAGGUAAAUUGAAGUUAACUGGAGAAGCGCUUCCUCUGUUUGACAACGUCGCCCUCGUAGGCAGAUUAAUCUACAUAGCUCUAUUUCCAUCGCCUUCCUGAGCUGUCCAUAUACUUAUCUUCUCAUAAUCAUUUCCGUGUGUAGUAUGAUAGUGUUUGGGUCACAAUCAUCCGAGCUGAAAAACACGGCAUAGAAGUUGUCCUCAACUUUUCCCGUGCUCUUGACUAUAACUGGCACCUUUGCUCUGUUUAGCUGUUCCGUUCUCCAGCACUCUGAGACUUUUCAUGCGGAAUGACCUCUCCCCAACAAGAAAUUACCUAUCCGUGAUCGAAACUUUUACGAGCUAUGAAAGAAUUCUCAACAAUUAACUAUUUUACUGAAUAUCACACUCCACCUCAACCUAUUGUUGAGGCUGCUGUCGAUGCUGCUCGCGGAGGCCGGGUGGAGGACCUUGCCAGUCUGGUCAAAGACUAUCCCAACCUUAAAUACUCCAUAUUCGUGAACCGGGUAGCCAUAUCAGGAAAGGGAGGCAUUUCUACAUACCAAGUCCUGGUAGACAGUGGCUGCAAUAUCAACAUUUCGUAUGGCUACGGUGGUUCUCCUCUGAUAAAUGCCAUCUACCAUAAAAAAUUCCCAUUGGCUCGACACCUGCUGAGCUUAAGAGUAAACCCGAAUAUCAAUAACUUAGGGAUCUAUUUGGCUCCAUUGGGGGUUGCCGUCUCCUUUAGGCCUGAGUUUGUGGUUGACCUCCUUGAUGCCGGACUACUAUUGGACCGAGGAGCCGACGUCAAUGAAGUGACUAAGUAUCCAUUUUACGCUAUGGUUGGUUUCUAUGGAGGAUCCCCUCCUAUGUAUUGGGCUGUCCAAGGUGGCCAUAUGGAAGUAGUGACCCUGCUACUACAGUACCUGGUUUGUUUAGAUAUGGUGGAUGAGAAUGGAUUGACACCCGCUGAGCGGGCUAAUAAACGCGGGUUUGAAGCUGCUAAAGAUGCUUUAAGGAGACAUGAAAGCAUCAAGCAUGCAGUAACGCCUCCUAAAUCAGGCAAAUAA